UUGGUGGUGAUACAAUUUGGUUUUAUUGGGAUUGUUACUAAACGAAACAAAGUUGAGAAAGCAAACAAAGAGCAGCAUGUCACGUUGGAUAAUCAGAUAUGUUGCUUUCUGGAGAUUGUCUCUGACUAUAAUAUUACACAUGUUGUUAAUAAAAUGCAGUUCGUGCACUGCUAUGAACAGCCAAGAGGACGAUUCCAUUAACAAGUUAUCCAAUGAUGUUGCAGUCGAUAAUAGGUUCAAAUGGCUGAAAGGAGCGCAGGACUUAAUUGCGAGUCCUACUGGACAUGUGGUAGUUCAAGUGGCAAAAGAACUAUUAAAUCGAUCCACGGGCAAUAGUCAAGUUUUAAACCUUAAUAUAACUAACCUUAUAGUGAUAUUGCUUCUUAAAGUUUUAAUAUUUACCGCCGGUCUCUUAGGAGCUGGACACUGGGGCGGAUAUGGCUAUAAUUAUGGACGAUCCAAUGACAACGGCUUCUCAUUUGCCCUAAACGAAAAUGAAGCUCACCUAAUUACUGGUUUCUUGGCGGCUCAAAGUGGCUUCGAUGAUUGUUUAUAUGAGGCGGCUUGUUCAGCCCCACAUGUAGCCUAUGAGUACGCUAAAGCUGCGAAAGCUUUGAUGGAAGGAAUUAAGAAAUUUGAAGGCAUCAGCUAUAAUAAUCUUCGUUAUAAUGACUUGAUCGAAUUGCUUCAACAGGCAGCGUAUAAUGGACAUAAAGGAUUAAAUUGCACUAUAACAGACAAAUGCGAUAAUUUGCGUUAAAGUGCAGCUUAAUAAGACGUUAAAUAGAAAGAAGGGUGCGAAGAUAAAUUCGAAAUUAACUAGCAAAGACACCUACCAUAUCUGUUACCU